AUGACACCUUACUCUAUGGCAAAGGCAGCUUUAAUCCAGAUGGCGAAAACUUUGGCGGUUGAAUGGGCCCCGUUCGCUCGCGUCAAUGCCAUCAGUCCUGCAUAUAUCAGCACCGAUAUGACCGGACAAGUUCCAGAGAGCUUAAGAACCACCUGGUCCGGCCUUACACCUAUGGGGCGCGAAGGGACUGUAGCAGAGUGCAAAGCCGCAUAUCUAUAUCUGGCCAGCGAUGCUGCUAGUUAUACGACUGGAACAAACCUUUUUGUUGAUGGUGGAGCUACGAAAGAGGGCAAAGUCCUUGGAGCUAAGCUAUUGAUUAGGGUCAAGAGCAGUAUCCUAGGAACCAUGAUCGUUAACACUAACUCGACUCGAGUCCAAGUACCUGUCGAGAUGUAUAUGUACGCGAUGUUCGAUAUUCAAUAUGAAUGA